AUGGAUCCAGCGGCACCGAUGGCGCUGAGACUUCAGGGAAACCUUCUAUAUGGUGUCUCAAAGGUCUACAAUCAGCAAUGCGGCUACGCGCUGACGGACGUCCAAACAAUACAUGAUAGAAUGAAGAUGAUGUUGCGAGCAGUUCCAGGAGGAGGGUUAGAUCCGAUGGCUGGAAAAGCUAGACCAGAUCAGCUUGUUCUACCCUAUGACCCGUCCUUCGCACCGGAAAACGAUAUCCCCAGCAUGGGCAUCGAUCUCUCAAAAUUAAGACUGCCAAUUGAUAAGGAAUCAUCUCAGGAAUCCGGCCUUGUGUGGCCAAGGACCCCUGAUCUUAGUUUAUCAGCUAUCACGCGAAAUUCUAGUCUGCAGCUGAGCUUUUCGUCCAGAGACACAAUGAUGGGAGUUAUAGGGGGAUUCGGGUCUGAGGCUGAUGUAGGCUCUGCGCAACGAAGUACGGAUUUUGCUGGAGUCGCUGCCUCUGUUGCCGAUGGAGAGCAUGGAGUGCUUUUGCAUCCUGACUUUGAGUUCGAUGAAGAUGGAAAUAUCAUCGAGCUUGGAGUUGACCAUUACCAAAAUGAAGCAAGACAGCGCAGAGCAAGCAAACUUAUUAAUGAGACACCUACCUCCGGUGCACAAGGGAAUGACGUGGAUAAUAGUAUGCCUAUUGAUUAUCAGAUGAAUACAUCUAUAGAAACUGUUAAUGUCGCGAUGCGUCCAUCACGAAGAGAGCCCAAGGCCAUUGUAUCAGAUGACGAGACCGUGCUUCGGACUACCGAUCUGGCGCAACUAGGUAAUGAAUACGUGCAAAACAUGGCUCUAGUUUGGGCACAGAAGCUGCAAAACAAAAUCCCAACCCAAGCUAAGAAAAACGCUGCGCUGUGGGUUUUCGGCAAGGGAAUUGGAUCCGUAGGUGUCGGGCUAGGCAUGUCUCGGUUUGCGCAUCCUCUGCAUCUCUUCUCGGGGCAAGAGCUAUAUGAAAGUCUUAAUCCAACAGCUACUCAGAAUCCACGCAAGCGUAAUCGCCCAUCCGGUGAAGAAAGUGAUACGGAGUCAGAGGUGCGGCGUGUGCGGGCAAGAGAAGAAUACGAAGAUCAAGUUGGUCGUGGUGAUCUUGAAGGAAGCCAUUGGCAGGAUAUUGAGAUUGGCCGUCAUGCCUCAGUAGUUCACGACGAUAACUCCUCCCAAAUGCCCUGGAACAUCACGGCAUCUAUCAAGAGCUCUCGACAGGGAUCAGUUACUGCGAACAUCUUCCGCGGGAUUGGAAGCGUCAGUGAUUUGUCGUCCCGUGGGUUCCCCGAAUCUGCAGCGCUUGGGGGAAUUCGCAGUCGUUUGACAAGUGCCAGUCCUCUCGCAGGACGUAGCUUUCCAUUGGACAUGGAAGGAAUGGCUGGUAUCAUAGACGAGGAUCUGGAGGGCUUCGACCUAAGUCAUUACCUACAGAAUGAACACGAUGCAAAUAAUAUUGCAGGUGCAGGAAGAAACGGCGACACCGAAGAAGCGGCUACUAAUAAUCGACUCGCUCUUCGGGAUCGAGUGUUAAAGUCGAGCUUGGACCAGGACAGUAUGAACUUCCUCGAAUUUCUCAUGAAGAAAACGGAGAACCGAAUGGUAUCCAAUGGGACAGCAGAUACAGAUGCUGAAGCCCAUCAAGCCAGUGACUCGAAACUUGUCUCUUUCUCUACUCUUCUCCCUCGUGAGAAGACUUCUCGAGCAGUGGCUACUCACGGCCUUAUGCACAUACUGGCACUUGUAACCAAGGGUCUUCUUUCGGUUCAUCAAGAACCCUAUGAAGACCAUAGCACAGAAGAAUACGGCGCGCGAUACGAAUACGGGGAGAUCUUCCUCCGUCUGGCGGACAUAUAA